AUGGGUGUCCCCGCUCUUUUUCGCUGGUUGAGCAAGAAAUACCCCAAGAUCAUCUCGACAGUCGCCGAGGAGGAAGAACAGAAGGAAGAAGGCGAAGAUGGCGUCGAGAGAAUCAUUCCCGUCGACAUGUCCGGCCCUAACCCGAACGAGAUGGAGUUCGACAAUCUGUAUCUCGAUAUGAACGGCAUCGUUCAUCCUUGUACUCAUCCCGAGGGCAAGCCUGCGCCCGAAACCGAGGGCGAAAUGAUGCUUGAGAUUUUCAGCUAUACGGAGCGUGUGGUUAACAUGGUCCGCCCGCGCAAACUUCUUUUCAUGGCCAUCGACGGUGUCGCGCCGCGCGCGAAGAUGAACCAACAGCGCUCCCGGCGGUUCCGCACGGCGCAGGAAACGAAGGAGAAAGAGGAGGCGCGCGCAGAGGCAGAGGCCAUGUGGGAAGCCAUGGGAAAGACCAUUAGCGAAGGUGAGAAGGGCAAGAAGACAUGGGACUCGAACGCCAUCACGCCCGGGACGCCCUUCAUGUCUUUCCUCGCCGCUUCGCUGCGGUACUGGGUUCGUCAGAAGAUGAACACUGACCCAGGCUGGAAGAACCUCGAGGUCAUCAUCUCUGAUGCCAGCGUUCCCGGAGAGGGUGAGCACAAAAUUAUGGAUUACAUCCGUCGUGUGCGCACGAAUCCGGGACACAACCCCAACACGCGCCAUGUCAUAUAUGGUCUUGACGCCGAUUUAAUCAUGCUUGCUCUCGCCACACACGAGCCUCACUUCAAAGUCCUGCGUGAAGAUGUGUUCGCUCAGUCCGGCAGCGCGACGGCUUGCCGGAACUGUGGCGAAGAGGGUCAUUUCGCUGCGCAGUGCACGGCACAGCCAGGAGAGAAGAAAGUACCUGUCAAGGAGAAGAAACCGUUCAUCUUCCUUGACGUCGCAAUUCUGCGCGAGUAUCUGGAGUUUGAGCUGAACGUGCAGAAUGCGCCAUUCCCCUUCAACCUUGAGAUGGCUAUCGACGAUUGGGUCUUGCUAAUUUUCUUCGUCGGAAACGAUUUCCUGCCGCAUCUCCCGUCACUUGAGAUCCGCGAGGGCGCGAUUGACACAUUGCUUCGAAUUUGGCGUGACGAGCUACCGCGUAUGGGUGGCUAUCUUACGAACCACGGAGAGCUUGUGCUGCCACGUGCACAGAUCAUCCUUGAAGGUCUCGCAAGGCGCGAGGACGACAUCUUUCGCAAGCGUCGCGAAUCCGAGGAGCGCCAGGCGUCGAACGCCAAGCGUCGCAAGCUCGAGCAGAAAUCAUUCGGCGCCGAUUCGACCGGCCCGAGCGCGCGUGAGAUGCUCAGCGCCGGCCAGCGCCCGCCGCAGAACUUCGCGAAGAACGCGGACGCGAUUGGUCUUGGGCGCGUGAAGGACGACACAGCGAUGGCGAACGCGUCCGAGGCUGAGCGCGCAUUAGGAGGGUCCAACCAGGACGUGAUCGCAAACCGCGCCGCCAUCCGGUUGGCGAACCUCAGCGCCGCCGAGACUUUGAAGGCGCAGAUGAAGGGUCUGAUGCCCGCAAGCGCCCGUCCUGCUGGGCUACCUCCGAAACCGCAGACUUCGAUGGUGGACUCCACGCCCGCGCCCGCGCCGCAAGCGCCCAUCGCGACAGAAAUGCCCGUACCCGACGUACCGGCAACCAUUGCGCCGGCGCCACCAAGUCAAUUAGACGAACCCAUGGAGGACGGCGAUGAGCUUCCCGGUCUGGGCACGGGUGACCCUGAGGCGCUAUCUAUGCCACCGCCGCCAAUACCGGACGCAGCGGCGCCGACGAACGGAUCCGAGACGCCAGGUGAAGGUGACGGCGAUUCCCCAGCCUCAGCCGGCACCAAGCGUACAUUCGACGAAGCGGCCGAGGAUCUUGUUGACGAUGCCAUGGCGGAGGACGAUACGGAAGCUAGCGACUCGGACGCGCCAGGCGCCAAGGCGAAGCUCGCACUCAAAGUCAACCCCGAUGGAACUGUCGAGCAAGAGGAUACCGUGCGCCUCUGGGAGCCCGGCUAUCGCGAACGUUACUAUCGCCAGAAGUUCGGCGUGGAGCGCAGCGACCUCGAGACACGGCGGAAGAUUACGACUUGCUACAUCGAAGGCCUCUGCUGGGUCCUACGGUAUUACUACCAAGGCGCGCCGAGUUGGACGUGGUUCUAUCCGUACCACUUUGCACCCUUCGCGAACGACUUCGAGGACGUCGGCAAAAUGGACAUCCAAUUCAACGAGGGCAAGCCGUUCAAGCCAUACGAGCAGCUCAUGGGCGUGUUCCCCGCGAGCUCCCGAGUACACAUCCCCGCGCCGUUCCACCCUCUCAUGACAGAGGACGACAGUCCGAUCAAGGACUUCUACCCCGAGACGUUCGAGAUCGACAUGAACGGGAAGCGCAUGGCCUGGCAAGGCGUCGCGCUACUGCCGUUUAUCGACGAGAAGCGGCUGCUCGACGCGAUGGCGACGCGGUAUCCCGAACUCUCCGAGGACGAGGUGCUGCGGAACGGAUGGGGCCACAACGUGCUCAUGGCAAGCGACGCGCAUCCCGUAUACCCUGCGCUCGAGGCGCUGUAUGGCAAGCGCAAGAGCGAAGACCCUGUACCGCUCGACCCCGCACAGAGCCAAGGCAUCUCCGGUACCGUCUUGCCUGAGCCGGGUCUAAUCCCGGGCUCCACAUACACAAGUCCGCUUGUCCAGGAGGGCUUGCCGGACAUUUCUGCCGACAAGGCGCUAGAGGCGCGGUACAUGUACCCUGAGCAGAUCAUGCCGCAUCGCUCGGCAUUGCUGGCUGGCGUCAAGCGUCCACCGCGUGUCUUGACAUCCGCUGAUGCACAACGCGCUCGCGGUGGUGGUGGUGGUGGCCCGAGGCGUAAUGACUAUGGCGGGAUGCACGCGAACAUGGUCGGGCAACAAUUUGGCGGAGGAGGCGGUGGGCGGUUCAACGGUGGCGGCGGAGGAGGAUACGGAGGCGGUGGUUAUGGAAAUGGAGGCGGAGGAGGUUACGGAGGAGGCGGCGGAGGCUAUGGAGGCGGCGGUGGCGGUGGCUAUGGAGGCAAUGGCGGAUAUGGUGGUGGAGGCCGGGGUGGCUAUGGUGGGGGAGGGGGAGGAUACGGUGGAGGUGGAUACGGUGGCGGCGGGAGGGGAGGCAAUAACUCGUAUGGCAACGGAGGAGGGUACUCUAAUGGUCGCGGAGGUUAUGGAGGCUCCGGCGGCAGCGGGUAUCGCGGUGGCUCUUCUGGAGGUUAUGGUGGGGGCAAUGGCGGCGGCGGCGGCCGUGGAGGAUACAAUGGAUAUUCGGGUGGUGGAACCGGAGGCGGUUAUCACGGAGGCGGCUAUAAUCAGUCUGGCGGCUACAAUCGAGGCGGGGGCGGUGGGUACGGUUCUGGCGCUCCGAGAGGUCGCGGACGUGGUCGCGGGUAUUGA